CGUUUUUAUUUCCACUUCCACAUUUUUUACCAAAAAACAACCAGAUCCUCCUUCUCCUCCUCCACUAUCACAACCACCACCACCACGACGAAAUCCAAUGGCAAACCCAAUAACAACAAAAAUUCUAUUCUCUCUCUUACUAUGUCUCCUAUUGGUAUCCUCAUCUCUCGCUAGCUCCGAUGUUCCCUUCAUCGUCGCUCACAAGAAAGCCACUCUCAGAAGCCUCAAAUCUGGAGCUGAGCGCGUCUCCGUCUCUAUCGAUAUUUACAACCAAGGAUCCUCGACAGCAUAUGAUAUAACUCUCACUGAUGAUAACUGGCCUAAAGAUAUAUUUGAUGUUGUCAGUGGCAAUACUUCAAAGUCAUGGGACAGGCUUGAUGCUGGUGGUCUUCUGUCACACGCUUUUGAAUUGGAGGGCAAAGUGAAAGGAAUGUUUCACGGUUCUCCAGCAGUCAUUACAUUCCGUAUCCCCACAAAGGCUGCCCUACAGGAGGCAUAUUCGACUCCCAUCCUGCCUCUUGAUGUCCUUGCAGAAAAACCUCCAGUGCAGAAGUUGGAGUUGGCAAAGAAGCUUUUGGCUAAGUAUGGGUCUCUAAUUUCUGUGAUCUCCAUCGUGGUUCUGUUCAUCUACCUGCUCGUAACCCCAUCCAAAUCCGGUGCUGCAAAAGCAAGCAAGAAGAGACGUUAAACAGAGAAACUGAUCCAUUAGCUUUGCCUGCAAUUUAGAUAUUUCAGAGGCAUGAGCACUGCUAGUUAAAUGGUUUUCCGCCCUUAGAACUGAGAACAUCUGUUGAGUACAUUCGGUUUACAUAGUUGUUAAUGUGCAAGUGCUUGAUGAAUCAACCGAUCCCCAAUUGCUCACUAUAAGAACUAAUUUAUCAUCUUUGGCUGUGUACAUUUUGAUGAUCAUUUACUGUUUAUCAAUUUUGGAAUUCAAUAUAACUCUUUGCCAUGGAUAUCUUGAAAUCUCAUUUUGACGA